AUGUCGAUGGUGGUGCCAGCCCGAGGUGUGCAUCUGGGAAUGCCUUGUUUAGAAGGCCACAAGGCGUCGGCAUUGCCCGCCACGUCGUCGGAGCCCCGCCCAUCAUCACGAGCUGAAGGAUUCUCCAGACUCCAGCAGUCCUUGGCCGCGUCCACGGCUAUGGUCUACCUGACGACAUCUCUCCGUCCGGGCAAAAGUACCCGAGUUUUCCAGAGGAGUCAAAGGCAGAACUUUGCCAGCACGCCCGAUGAGACCUACGAGACUUUCGUCGAGAAGGCGAAGCACCUCGUGGAAAUGUCGCGCUCGCACACGCUGUACGCCUCAAUCUUGGGUUCGGCUUUUGUGAGCGUGGCCAGCGCCAGUGCUCUCAGCUUCUCCGAGACAGUGGGGCCCAACCUCAUGCUCGACAAGUUGGUCUUUGCCGUGGUCCUUCCCGUUCACCUUCUGCUUUGCCAGCUAUGUGGCGGGCAGCUCACCACUAGCAACCUUUCCAUGCUCUGCAUCGGCGUCUCGCAGGGCCAGGUGCGCUUCAGGGACGCCCUGCGAAACAUCGGGCUCGUGCUGUUCGGGAAUACCAUUGGGGUCUUGCUGAUCCUUGGUGCCGUCCGCUACUUGCAGGUCUUGGACGCCGAAUCUCUCGCCGUGGCAGCCAUUAUGGCGAAGAGCAAGUGCGCCUACACGUUCGGCCAGACUGUUGUAAAGGCGUUCGUUUGCAACUGGAUCGUCUUCAUUGCAUAUUGGCUGGGCGUGCCUUGGAUGUCCACUGUGUUUUACAGGCGCUCAGUGGGUCCGUGA